CGUCGCGGCAGUGGCGUGGCUCUUUUAAGCCGGUGGUUGAGGCGCCCAGAGACGCCGUAGUGGGAGUGUUCGAGGAUUCGCCUUGUAGAAAUUGAAAUUUACUGCAAAAGAUGGCUGACCCAGAUGUCCUCACUGAAGUUCCAGCAGCAUUGAAGAGGUUAGCCAAGUAUGUGAUCCGGGGGUUUUAUGGCAUUGAGCACGCCUUGACUUUGGACAUCUUGAUCCGGAAUCCCUGUGUGAAAGAAGAGGAUAUGCUGGAACUUCUGAAAUUUGAUCGGAAACAACUUAGAUCAGUUUUAAACAAUUUAAAGGGAGACAAGUUCAUCAAAUGCAGAAUGAGGGUAGAAACUGCUGCAGAUGGAAAAACCACUCGUCAUAACUACUACUUUAUUAAUUAUCGGACUCUUGUUAAUGUAGUAAAAUAUAAAUUGGACCACAUGAGAAGGAGGAUUGAAACUGAUGAGAGAGAUUCCACCAAUCGGGCUUCCUUCAAAUGUCCUCGUUGUAGUAGUACUUUUACAGACUUGGAAGCUAAUCAGCUCUUUGAUCCCAUGAGAGGAACUUUCCACUGUACUUUUUGCAAUGCAGAGGUAGAAGAAGAUGAAUCAGCAAUGCCUAAAAAAGAUGCACGCACACUUUUGGCAAGGUUUAAUGAACAAAUUGAGCCCAUAUAUAAAUUGCUUAGAGAAACAGAGGAUGUGAACUUGGCCUAUGAAAUUCUUGAGCCAGAACCCACAGAAAUACCAGCCUUGAAACAAAGCAAAGACCAUGCAGCUAGUACUGCCGGAGCUGCUGGCCUGGCAAGUGGGCACCACCGGGAAGGUUGGACCACCACCAAAGGGCCCUCCUAUGAGGACUUAUACACUCAAAAUGUUGUCAUUAACAUGGAUGACCAAGAAGAUCUUCAUCGAACCUCAUUGGAGGGGAAAUCUGCCAAAGAACGACCCAUUUGGUUGAGAGAGAGCACUGUCCAAGGGGCAUAUGGUUCUGAAGAGAUGAAGGAAGGUGGCCUAGAUAUAGAUUCAUUUCAGGAGCGUGAGGAAGGCCGUGCAGGGCUGGAUGAUAAUGAGGAGGUCAUGCGAGCGUUGCUCAUUCAUGAGAAGAAGACGCCUUCUGCCACGGCAGGCUCAGUGGGGGCAGCAGCUCCUGUGACUGCAGCUAAUGGCAGUGACUCGGAGAGUGAGACCAGUGAGUCAGAUGAUGACUCCCCACCCCGACCAGCAGCUGUGGCUGUGCAUCAUCGGGAAGAAGAUGAGGAGGAUGAUGAAUUUGAAGAAGUAGCAGAUGACCCCAUUGUCAUGGUGGCUGGCCGCUCCUUCUCCUACAGUGAAGUGAGCCAGCGGCCAGAGCUGGUGGCCCAGAUGACACCAGAAGAAAAGGAAGCAUACAUAGCAAUGGGACAGCGCGUGUUUCAGGACCUCUUUGAGUGAGCUUUCCCUGAUUUUCCCCUCCUUUCUCUAACUCUCAUUUCAAAAAGAAAUUCCCUACUUUUGAAGACAAGUGUAUUAAGUGGCUUUCUGCCCUUCUUGAUAUAAAGUGACUGUUAAUUUGCACAAAGAAUAAUGGGAGAGAAAAUUUGAUUUUUAUACCAGAAACUUCCCAGCAAGGUAGGUUGGUUAUAAGUACUUCUUUGUCUAUUACUACAUUAAUAUUUUUACUGUAUUUCCUUGCCUAAUCUUCUUCCUUUACUUUAUCUCCCUGUUAAAAUGAGAGAGGGAAGUCUAAAUUGCUCCUGUCUGCAUGCAAAAGCCCACUAUGAUAGGCUGUAGUGAGUCUGACCAAGCAUUCUGAUGACUCCUGAUAAUUGCUUACAACCAAAGCAACUUGCCAAUAGGCAAUCAUUAGGGGGUAGGGGGUGGAAUCUGAAAGCUUCAUACUGCCUCACAAUUGAGAAUGGAAUCAAUAAGGGGAAGUGAGAGUAUGUGAAGAAGAGAGGGAUAACAUGCUUAAAUCUCAUGAUUAACAUCUAUGAUUUGUGUCUUUAGAAUGGACCAGAAUGGUAAAUUCGCUAGUUUUGUUUAAUGCCUUUUUGGUUUGCAUUUUGGAUGUUAAGAACACAAAAAAUGGGUUUGAUAAAUCUAUAUAAAGAAAUUAGAUAAAAGUAGUUAUAGGACAUGGAGUCCAUGUAAAGUUUGAGUAAUGGAGAACAUUAGGAACAGCACUUUUUGAGUUUGUGAUUGCUUUGGAAAUUGAGGCUGGCCCCCCAUUUUCCUCUUCUUUUAGAGACCUCUCUCUUGUCGUUGCCAUAAAUUGUUUAAUGAGGAUAUUUCAGCAGAAAAUAGCAUAUUAUAACAACAUUUGGUUACUCCUUCCUUCCUUCCCACCUCCCUCAAAUCAUUGAAGGCCUAUUUUGUUUCUCGAUUCUUAUCAGAUAUACUUUAGGCUGCAUUCAGGGCAUUGUUGAGCAUUGCAACUUCAAGGAACAUUACUUUUGGUUCUGAUAGUAUCAUGGUACCAUUCCUUAAGGCAGAACUUUACAAAUAAAGUAUUUCCAUGCAAGGGUCUAUCUGUAACGAUGUGUUUUUGUAAUAUUUUCUCUUGGACUGUAAUUUUUAAGUAUUUAUCAUUUUGUAGUAUGUAUGUGAAGAUAGAUUUUAGAGUAUCUCUGCCUUGUAUGAAGUAAUGUUUCAUCUACCUGAGUUUGUAUUAAUGAUUGAAUAUUGGCAAUAAACUUAUUUUUUUCACAUAUAUAUAUUAGAAAUACAUCUCAUUGAGAUGAAUGUGAAGUGAAUUAGGCUUUACAAGUAUUUUUAAGUUCUGUUUUUUGUUUUGGAGGCUUUAGUUUUUUUUAUUGGAAUAGCACUGUUUUGUAUACAGUAUGUACAGCUUCAGGUGUAUAGCAUUAUAAUUUGACAUGUGUAUAUACUUUAUUAUACUUAAGCCAAGAAUCUACUUUUCAUCCACCAUGAAAAUCUACAUUAUACUGACUGAACUUUGUUAAUUACUAGCUCUGUGAUAUCUUGGAGCAUAAUUAAAAUGAAUACU